AUGGGAGGAAAUUUUUCCACAAAAUCUGAUGUCUACAGUUAUGGAGUGUUAAUGCUUGAAAUUAUAAGUGGGAGGAAAAACAACAGCUUCUACAAUGAAGAUCGUGUGCUCAACUUAGUAGGACAUGCAUGGGAGUUAUGGAAAGAAGACAGAGGGGUAGAAAUAAUGGAUCCAACACUAGUUGAAACAUGUAUUAGUCAUCAAUUGUUAAGAUGCCUCCAAGUCGGUCUACUAUGCGUGGAGGAAAAUGCAGCCGUUCGCCCUGCCAUGUCAGAUGUUAUAUCUAUGUUGACAAAUGAAAGCAUGCAGUUACCUCUACCAACAAAGCCAGCAUUUUACACAGAAAGAAAUCCAGCCACUACGGGUAUAGAUAGAAGGGGACCGCCAAUUAUAUCAAUAAAUGAUUUGUCCAAUACAGAUUUGGAAGGACGUUGA